AUGGGGAAGAAGAAGUUUCUAGCCGAUAUUUCGGCUGCCUCGCAGAAAGUGGCGAGCGGCGCGAUCGCAGGGGUGCGAUCUAUCACCAAAGGCGAAUCGGAUGAUGAGAUCGUGAUUCAGUACCACCAUGACGGCCUGCCACAAGACGUGCACAUUCGAGUCUCGGCAGAUGAUCCCGGCGAGUACCCCGACGGGAACAUGUUCAACGCCUCAACCGUCGAUCCCGACGCGCCCAAGCCUGUGAUCACCGGCAUCAAGGCUACGGAGGGCUUCCUCUUUGGCAAGAGUGUCUACGAGGUUGUGAUGGAUCUAGCCGGUCGUCUGAACGAAGAGGUCGGGGAUGUGACCGUGGAUGACGAUUUCGUCGAGGGAAACUCCGACGAGGACGAUGACGAUGUUUUCUCUGAGAGGGACAGCAAACAACGGGCGCCAAGACCGACCAAACAACUUGUCAACAAGUCGGCGGCCAGCCGGGGGGAGUUGCUGCAACGUAUCCGACGCGAUCUUCGUGCAGUCAAGGAAGCAGGUUACAAGGUGGGGUUUCUUGAUGGCUUUGGCAAGGACAGUACUAAGGGAAUCGUCUCCAUCUCCAUCCGUAUGGACAAGCUUUGCCUGUCGGACGCCACCGUGGAGGCUUGGGACAUCCAGCCCACCGACUAUGCGGUUCUCCUGAUCCGGUUUCCGACCUCGUACACCCCGCUAGACCAAGUUUUGGAACAACACGCCGCUCUCACGGAGGUGGAGUUCCGCAUCGGCAAGUGCAAGAGGUACAAGCCGUCUCCAGGACAGGCUCUCCGGGCUUUUCUGGGGGUUAAGCAGCGCCCAGACGACGUAGACACUGGUCUAGCACCCGAAGAUGCGGCUGAUAGCGGCCCCGAGUUUGAGAAGCUGAUUGUUUCUGCGUCGCUGGACUCGUUCAUGUGCGAGAGCUUCGUAAACCUCUUAAAGACGCGACACAAUUCGAAGGUCAGCUGGGAGACAGCGAACGAGAUCGUCCUAGAAAGAUUCGAGGGUGUCUUAGAAGCCGACUCUCGUUUGAAUCUAGGAAAAGACAAGAAUCAGUCCGAUGACGAAGCUCAAGAUCCCGCCUGCGCUACGGCGAGCCCCUACGCAGACGCCAUGCGCCCAGGAAGCGACCCGGCCCAGGGCAGUCUCCCGCUCAUUGCGAUGCAGUUCGCGAUGCAGUACUUUGUGAAAUGCACCGACUACUGCCUGCGGUGCCACCGUCGGACCGAGGAGGACUUUGGGGCGCUGCGCCCUUACGUCUGCUCCAGCCCGCUAUGUCUGUUUCAGUACAUGACCAUGGGGUUUGGUCCCUCGAUCGAGCACGAGAUCCUGACCGAGCCAUACGUGGUCGAUCUCUUGGUCAGCCUCUGCUACGCAGCGGCUCAGCCCGGCAAGCACAUGUACAGGGCCAGCGCGUCCCUGACCGGCCAGGAUAUCAAACUCAGUCUCCGCACCCUCCCCGUCGGGCUUCACUUCAAGGUCCCGGACCUCGCCAACCACGCCGUCGUACCUCUCACAGCAAGACUCUCGCAGGACCAGGGGAUGAUCGUGUUCGAACCCGGCUGUGAGCAGAAUCUCAAGCAGUUGGCGGCAUCGAAAUCGGCCUGGGUCGCCUUUCGAAAGGCGGGGACCGGGUGGACCAGCCAUGCGGUUGUGCGCCAGGUCAACCUCGAUGUGAGGUCGGUCACGGUGCAAGUGAUGGCGGAGACCUCGUCGCACUGGAGCAUCGGCUCGUGGGUGCGCGACCAAAGCACAAUCUACGACCAAUCCCUCGACGUGGUGGACGACAACGUGCAGGUCCUCGUCUACGAUGUCGACUUCGAUUCCCUCGAAGAAGGGAUGAAGGGCAUGGCGAUACGUCACGUCCUCGACACACUUCCGCCUAUUCUCACGCUCGCGCAGUGGCUGACCGACCACCCGCACCACACCCUCCGCUCCCUAGAGAACAUCUCGCCAGCUGCGCUGUCGCUGCUUCGGUGGAUCGUCUCGUCGAACCGGUCUUGUAUUCUGCAAGUUGACCGCGGGCUGGAGCUUGCGAGCGCCAAAGCGGAAAGAAGCGCUUGGUCCCCUCCAGGCAGUGCCGCCGCGUUUCCCGAAAAGAAAGACCAGACAACCAAACCAGGCCAGGAAGUAGGAGGAACUCUCAAGAUGGCCGGCCGGGGCAGAAACCGGGAGCAUGAACGUGUUCAAGGUAUGGAGGGCUGGGCCCAGUUCAGGUUCGCGCAGGGCUCGCCCGACAAGGAGCAGCGCUUCAAUCGGGAGCUGCAGGCGGUCGCCGCACGCAAGGGGACCCAGGAGAACCCGACCAUCUUUGCGUGGCACGGCAGCAGCCUCAGCAAUUGGCACAGCAUUGUGCGGACCGGCCUGGACUAUCAAGAUACCGUGAACGGCCGCUCGUUUGGCAACGGCGUCUAUUUCAGCUCCGCGUACGAGACUAGCCUAGGAUACUGCUCCGGGGUCGGGCUCCCGUGGCCGAAUUCCAACCUCGACAUCACUACCUGCCUCGGCCUUAACGAGAUCAUUAACGCGCCCGAGGAGUUUGAAUGUUCCUCCCCGCACUACGUGGUCGCGCAGCCCGACUGGCACCAGUGCCGGUACCUAUUUGUACAAACUACCGCGGGGUGGCUCGCGUCGAACAAGAGCGCGAUGAUCGGGAAAACAACGCUGCGAAGCAAAUCAGCAGCCGCUACUGCGGGCCAGACGCAGGCUCCAGUGACCGAGACAGGGACCGAGUACUAUCCACAGGCGUCGGGGCGCGGUAUUUUUGGCCCAUCGCGCACCCCUCUACAGAUCCCGUUGUCUUCGAUUCCGCUCCGGACGGUCGGCCCCACGGCCGCGCUGACAGCCACGAUGCCGUCGAAACUGCCUAAGCGGUCCGUGGAUGAUCUGGAGUCCAGCGACAUCGAGUACGAAGAGGAUGUGUCCCGUCUGCGGCCAGACCAAGAGCGUGACGAUGAGCUCGCAAGUCCCCCUUCGAAGAAGGUAUCCCGGGCCUCGACCUCAGACCCUAUGGAUGUGGAGGUCGCGGGCCAGGAAUAUGGGUAUGUCGCUAUAGAUGAUCACAACGGCCGGAAGACUGCUAACAACAAACCCACUCCCAGCGUCAUAGGCAACGGCCCCCCCACGCCCUCAAGCAUCGCACCCAACCGCGGCCUCACCGACUUCGAGCCCGGCACACUCAAUCUCUCCACCAUCACCCGCCUCCCCCCUCCAGCCUUCGCCAACGAGGCCGCCGCCAUGGCCCUCAGCCGCGAACUCAGAACCCUCCAAAAGCUCCAACUCAAAACCCCGCUCCACGAGCUCGGCUGGUACAUCGACUUCGACGAAAUCACCAACCUCUUCCAAUGGCUCGUCCAACUCCACAGCUUCGACCCCACCUUACCCCUCGCGCAGGACAUGCGCGCCGCGGGCGUCACCUCUGUCGUGCUCGAGAUCCGGUUCGGCCCGGAUUUCCCCAUCAGCCCUCCCUUUGUAAGGGUUGUUCGGCCGCGUUUCUUGCCGUUCAUGAAUGGUGGUGGGGGCCAUGUCACGGCUGGCGGGGCCAUGUGCAUGGAAUUGUUGACGGCGACGGGUUGGUCGGCUGUGAAUACCAUGGAGAGUGUCCUGUUGCAGGUGCGCAUGGCGAUGUGUGCUUUGGAGCCUAGGCCGGCGAGGUUGUUGGGGAGGUUUGCGGAUCGGAAUGGGACGGGUGGUGCUGUUAGUGCUUUUGCUUCGAGGAUCCCUACUAGGGAUUAUGGAGUGGGAGAGGCCAUUGAGGCUUUUGAGAGAGCGGCGGCUACGCAUGGGUGGACUGUGCCGGAGGGGUUUCGGAGGGUUGCGAAUGGGUAUUAG